UUUAUCAAACCGAAUCGCGUUUGGUCCUUAGAGGCCGCCGUACUAAGCGAACAACACGGCAGGCGGAGGUGGCGGGAUACAUUGCUGCAUGUGAAGCACGCCGAACUAAACAACGACACGACACGAUGGACCCGAUAGCUAAAUACAUCUCGCAGAAAAUCAGUAAGGCGCGAUGGCGGCCUAUUUCUCCGGCUUUAUUACAGCAGCCUGAAGUGUUCGCCACAGGAUCCUGGGACAACGAGAGUAACAGCGUGUCGAUCUGGUCGGUGGGAGAGCAUGGAGUCUGUAGCACAGACGGAGAGUUUGAUGAAGAGCCCCAGUUACUGUGCGCCUCUCAGCAUGCCGGGGAUGUGCUGGACCUGCAGUUUCUAGAUCAAGACCGGCUCGUUUCUGCAUCAUCAAGCGGAGCUGUGACGAUCUUUAAGCUUCAGCCUGACUGUCAGGCUCUUUCGCUGGCUCAUGUGUGGGAGAGGGCUCAUCGAUAUCCUUGUGAUAAUGCACCCUGCACUGCAGUAGUGUGCAGAAGCCCUGAACUAGUGUCAGUGGGUGAGGACGGCCGGGUUACUCUUUACAAGGCAGAUCAGACUGAAGUUGUCCGUGUUAUUGAAAAUGCAGAUAGCAGUACGAUUCAUGCCGUGACUUUUCUAAGGACGACUGAAGUUCUCACGGUUAACUCCAUCGGUCAGCUGAAGAUGUGGGACUUCAGACAGCAGAGCGACAGUCCUGCACAAAUUCUCUCUCUCACUGGGGACAGAGUGCCCUUGCACUGUGUGGAUAAACACCCAAACCAGCAGCACAUCGUGGCCACUGGAGGACAGGAUGGGAUGCUGUGUAUCUGGGAUGUGAGACAGGGCAAUACACCCUUCUCUCUCAUAGAGGCCCAUUCAGCGGAAAUGUGGGAAGUACAUUUUCAUCCAUCAAACCCCAAUCACUUGUUUACGUGUUCAGAGGAUGGUUCUCUGCUACACUGGGAGACGACUUCAGGAUCAGACAUGAGCACACUCCUACAGAAUUAUCUGAUUUGGACUUGA